GCCUGGCCCCCAGGGAAGAUCAGGGCCCAUCCCAGUCACAGGGGAUCCCAGGGCAGGUGGGGGCAACUUAGUGGCUUCCCAGGCCAAGUCUCCAGCCUGUUCCCAGCUGCAGCCCAGGGGAUCAAGCCCGAGGAGGGGCUCGGGACUCAGCAGCUGGCUGGUGGGCUGGAAAGCAGAGCAAGGUCCAGGUUCCGGAAGGACCUCUGGGAUGCUUGCCCCAGGGUCUGUGAGGUGAUGGCCUUCCCUGCUCCAAACCCCUACAUCUAGGGCUUAAAGGGGGAAACUGGGCUGUCACAGCUCCCCUACCCCUAAGGGGCAAGGCAGGCCAAGCCAGCCCCCUCUUCCCUUCCUGGGGUAGGGAAUCUUUGGAGGCAGCUGUUUCCCCACCUGGACCUACCUACCCACAGGGCCCUACAGGGCCCACCCUGGUGUUGAGGGAGUGGGGAGUGGGGCUGACCAGGGCCAGACCUCACUUCCUCUUCUGCAUGGAGAGCAUGGAGAAGCAGGAAGUGUUACAAUGGGGGUUGGGGGAGGCUGGGAAAGGGGAGCAGGCUUCUAGCCCAGCCUUACCCCUGGAGAGAAAAGCGGUCCUCUCAAACAAGGAAACCAGAGAUCCAGCCGUCCCUUCCACAUUCCCUUUAUUGUUCACUGGCAGCUUAUUUCCUUCAACACUGAGUCAUCUUAUCAGAUCCUACGUCAUUUUCACAACAGUCCUAAUAAACAAGGGUGUGGGUUGCUCCCUUACAUGUUACCCGGGGUAUUCCAGUAUCUCUGCACAACUGAGGUGUACCAUGAGGACCUGUGGAUAUCCACAAACCUCAUUCAGAUUAACACAUACCCUUGACCUGCACAGACUAACUCCACUCCCAGCCGGCACACACACACCACAUUUAAUUCCACUCCAUUUCAACAUGUACGUUCUCUAGACUCCCUCCAUGACUGCGCACAGCCCAGUGGCAGAGGCAUGUUUACAAACCAUUAAAACAUGAAGCUUGCAAUCAGACAGAUCUGGGUUUGCUCUCUAUUAAGCACUCAUUUGUGACCUCAGGCCUGUUACCAUCUUUGAGCCUCAGAGUCCUCAUAUGGUAAAUGGGGACAAUACCAGUACAUGCCUUGUGAGGUUGUUUUGAGGAUUAGAGUGACUGAAGAUAAAGCUGUUAAAACAGUGCUAGGCACACGGCACCAAGUAAGUGGACGGCAGUGAGGAGGAACUGAUAGGAUGCUGGUAAGGGGCUUGGCACCAGGCUCACAGCACCGUGGUGGCUGAUAUGACUAUCGUUGCUGGAGAGAAAUGUACAAGGUCCAGUGCAGCAUUCCAGCGCAGCUGGAAUUUAAAGGGUUGGGGCCAGGAGAGGACCUGGGCAGCGGAUACAGAGUACAAAAAGCAAAGAGCCAGGAGGCCUGGGGAGACACUCGUGGAGGUCAGCUCACUGGCGAGUCCUGCAGUGCCAUCGGAGCCUUCCUCAGCAGCGUCAACAUGUCAAGGCCCAGCAGCAGAGCCAUUUACUUGCACCGGAAGGAGUACUCCCAGAACCUCACCUCAGAGCCCACCCUCCUGCAGCACAGGGUGGAGCACUUGAUGACAUGCAAGCUGGGGAGUCAGAGAGUCCAGGGGCCCAAGGAUGCCUUGCAGAAGCUGUUCGAGAUGGAUGCGCAGGGCCGGGUGUGGAGCCAAGACUUGAUCCUUCAGGUCAGGGACGGCUGGCUGCAGCUGCUGGACAUUGAGACCAAGGAGGAGCUGGACUCUUACCGCCUGAACAGCAUCCAGGCCAUGAAUGUGGCGCUCAACACAUGUUCCUACAACUCCAUCCUGUCCAUCACCGUGCAGGAGCCAGGCCUGCCAGGCCUCAGCACUCUGCUCUUCCAGUGCCAGGAAGUGGGGGCAGAGCGACUGAGGACCAGCUUGCAGAAGGCUCUGGAGGAAGAGCUGGAGCAAAGCAGACCCCAACUUGGAGGCCUUCACCCAGGCCAGGACAGAUGGAGGGGGCCUCCUGUGGAAAGGCCACUCCCUCUGGAGCAGGCACUCUCUCUGGAGCGGGGGCUCCCUCCAGAACAGCCCCAUCAGAGGACCCUAGAGCACAGCCUCCCGCCAUCCCCAAGGCCCCUGACACACUACCCCAGUGCCCGAGAACCAAGUGUCUUUACUCCGCCUCCUCCAAGGCGGCCCUCUUCCCCCGAGGACCCAGAGAGGGACGAGGAAGUGCUGAACCAUGUCCUAAGGGACAUUGAGCUGUUCAUGGGAAAGCUGGAGAAGGUCCAGGCAAAGACCAGCAGGAAGAAGAAGAAAUUUGGGAAAAAAAGCAAGGACCAGGGAGGUCUCACCCAGGCACAGUACAUUGACUGCUUCCAGAAAAUCAAGUACAGCUUCAACCUCCUGGGAAGGCUGGCCACCUGGCUGCAGGAGACAAGUGCCCCUGAGCUCGUGCACAUUCUCUUCAAAUCCCUGAACUUCAUCCUGGCCAAGUGCCCUGAGGCUGGCCUAGCAGCCCAAGUGAUCUCACCUCUCCUCACCCCUAAAGCCAUCAACCUGCUACAGUCCUGUCUAAGCCCACCUGAGAGUAACCUUUGGAUGGGGUUGGGCCAGGCCUGGACCACUAGCCGGGCCGACUGGACAGGCGAUGAGCCGCUGCCCUACCAACCCACAUUUUCAGAUGACUGGCAACUUCCUGAGCCCUCCAGCCAAGCACCCUUAGGAUACCAGGCCCCUGUUUCCCUUCGGAGGGGAAGUCAUAGGUUAGGGAGCACCUCACACUUUCCUCAGGAGAAGACACACAACGAUGACCCUCAGCCUGGGGACCCCAACUCCAGACCCUCCAGCCCCAAACCUGUCCAGUCAGCCCUGAAAAUGCAAGUCUUGUAUGAGUUUGAAGCUAGGAACCCACGGGAACUGACUGUGGUCCAGGGAGAAGAGCUGGAGGUUCUGGACCAUAGCAAGCGGUGGUGGCUGGUGAAGAACGAAGCAGGACAGAGCGGCUACAUUCCCAGCAACAUCCUGGAGCCCCUGCAGUCGGGGACCUCUGGGACCCAGGACCGGUCACCCUCUCGGGUUCCAAUGCUUCGACUUAGCUCGAGGCCUGAAGAGGUCACAGGCUGGCUGCAGGCAGAGAACUUCUCCGUUGUCACGGUGAGGACACUUGGGUCCCUGACAGGGAGCCAGCUACUUCACAUGAGACCUGGGGAGCUACAGAUGCUAUGUCCACAGGAGGCCCCACGAAUCCUGUCCCGGCUGGAGGCUGUCAGAAGGAUGCUGGGGAUAAGCCCUUAGGCACCAGCUUAGACACCUCCAAGAACCAGGCCCUGCUAAUGCAAGAUGGCAGAUCUGAUACCCAUUAGAGCCCCAAGAAUUUCUCUUCUGGAUCCCAGUUUGCAGCAAACCCCACGCCCCAGCUCACACAGCGAAAACAAUGGACAGGCCCAGAGGCUGAAGCAAACACUGCCAAUUCUGGCUGUGUUGGAGUCUCCCCAGUAACCACCUAUUUAUUUUAUCUCUUUCCCAAACCUGGAGCAUUUAUGCCUAGGCUUGUCAAGAAUCUGUUCAGUCCCUCUCCUUCUCAAUAAAAGCAUCCUCAAGCUUGU